AUGAUAAGGCUGUCGAUGACGUUGCGCAGAUUGAUAAAAAUAGCAAGCAUCCAUUAUUUGGAGGCAGCUAUAGAAAAGUCCGAGAUGGACAAGGGCUCACGGUACGAGUUGCGCUUUCGCUGCCAGAAGCUUGAGUUUAUAGCAACUGGUGGUACCUAUCAAAGGAAACAGGAUGGCACAAAGUUGGAUGCUUUUCUUGGUGUUGCUGUGCCAUCUUUUAUUUGUCAAGAUACCGAAUUUCUGGCAAGCUCAAAAAAGUGGAGCUUCAAGUCUCAAGUUUUCCAAGCAAUGAACUUUUGUACAUCCGACCAGCUACGAUUGUUUGAAGAAGAAACUAAUGGAUUUACUUCAGUAUGUUCCAAAAUCAUUUCUUUGGUAAUAGAUGGAGCUUUGACGAUGAAAGAAAUAGAUAAAUUAGAAAGCAAGAUGACCGACUUUCAAUACUAUAAAAGCAUUGGAUUGAAUGAGGUUCCCUCAAAAGAUGUUGUCUUAGAUCAGAUUGAUAAGAUCAAAAAGAAGAACAUUUCGAUUAGGUUUUCAAAGCCAAAGCUAUUAAUUAUUGAUAUCAUUUUCAGCCGUAGGAUUAAUGUAAGCAAUCGAGAUUUACUCUUGCUCUACAAUGAGAUAAUCUACCCCAAAAUCAAAAAUAAUAACCUUCACGACUUGAGCAUAAAUAUCAAAUUUGACUAAUGCAUUGUUCUUCUGUUCCUAUCAAUCUGAAUGUAAUUGUCUCUGCC